AUGAUUUAGUCCCCGAUUCAGAAACACAAAAGUUGGUAGAUUACGUCAUCGAAAUGUUUUGGCUGAUUUAUCAAUUCGACGUGUUGCCAUCCCUUUGGAAAUAUAUUAGCACUCCCUUAUGGAAAAGAUACAUAACGGUGUUGGAUUACAUAACACUAACGUUUGUAAAGUAUAUAGACGAAACGGCCAAAAACAUUGGUGACAAAUUGCAAAAUAAAGCGGAAUAUGAAAUGAGCAUUUUGGAGAGACUUUUGAAAUUAGACCCACGUAUUGCAAAAGCUACUGCUAUUGAUACACUAACCGCUGGCAUAGACACGCUGUAA